AUGGUCCAACUAAGAAAGAAACGAUAUCGUAGAGCCGACCAAAGUCGAGGACUCAGCCGGUUCGAGCUGAAUGAUCACUACGGACUCGAACAACAAGUAUUGAACCUUGAUUUCGAACCACAGACAAUGUGGAUGAAUGUUGGAUUCUGGAAGAACAACCCAAGAUCCCUGCCUCAGGCUUGUCAAGCCCUGUUGGAAGAGGUGUUACGAGAAGCCGGCCUCGAUGCUCGCAGCGAUGAUCAACACUUUUCUGUGCUGGAAGUCGGCUGCGGAUGUGCAGAACCCGCGCGGUUUCUCAGACAGGAGUUUCCUGCCACCUUUGACGCGUAUAUUGGGAUUACGCUGAAUGCGUGUCAGGCCGACUAUGCUGCAAAGCGUCUUGCGGCUGACAGCCAAAAGAGUCCGACUGACGGCCACGCACAUCAAAACCACAUAUACUGUGCCGACGCGGCCAAUCCGUCUUCAUGGCCUGAAGGACUACGCAACGAUCUCGAUCAGAUGCUGCUCUCUUCUCAUCAGAAGUCAGGCUCCACAUUAUGGCUCCUCGCGUUGGAUACACUGUACCACUUCGCGCCAGACCGGAAGCAGAUCUUGACGUACGCGUGUCAGGACAUGGGGGCGUCUCUCAUGGCAACGGACAUCAUAGUGCCCGAUGGCCUCUCGUGGCUGGAAAGCAUGAAGCUUCGACUAGUUUUCUGGGGGCUGCAGGUACCUUGGAAGAACGUGAUGACGUAUGAUGAGUACCUUCGUAUGCUCGUUGAGUGCGGGUACAGGGAAGACAAUAUCACGAUGACGGAUAUCACGGAAUAUUGUUUCGAUGGGUUCGAUAAGUUCACAGCAGAACACAUGGAGCGGUGGGAGGCGAUGGGAGGGUCGAGUGUGAUCCCCCGCGCGGUGAGGAUGAUGGGCCGGUUGAUGGGUUGGUGGGCAAGUUCGGGCGUUGUGAGAGAGUAUAUCAUUGUUGCGAAAAAUGUGUAGUGCCUCUGAGGUUGUGGUUUUGGAUUCGUUGUAGGGGGUUAUUCGGGUCCUAGCGAGUCGUUCGUUGGGUUAUGGGAGGCUGAUGAGUGUUUCGUCGGCGGAUGGAAGGUCGGCCUGAUGUAUCUCUGGAC